ACCUCAUAGUUAUUAAUAUAUAAUCACAAAUCCAUUCAUCUAUUUCUCAUCAAUCUCUUUAGCCCACAAUCCAAUUCAACAAAAAUGAAGAGAGAGGGUAAGCAACAUGGUAUGGUGAGGACAUAUCGGAUUCUUCCUAACCCGACACCCGGUACACGAUUCAUCACCCGGUUCGAUUCCCCUCCAACUGCUGGACUCUUCACAAAAGUCCCCUCCAAGCCCACCAAUCAUUCCAAAUUCACCGGCAAAUGCGGCACACCACAGUGCUUCGGAUGUCGCCUCCAUCCGGUCUCCAAGUCAAAGAACAAAUCCAAAGGUAAUCACAAGCAUUUUAGGGUCAUGGAUCAACCUAAUUCGAAUCUUAUUGGGUUGUCCGCGACCGAAACUUUAAACAAUCUUUCUGAUUUCUACAUGGAUGAUGAUGAUGAUGAUGAGGUGGAAAAUGUAAGCGUUGACAAUGAUUAUUAUGUCAAUCAUUCAUCCACCAUAGAUGAAACAGUUGGGUUUCGGUUGAUUAUAGAACAAGUUAAAGAAGAAAAAUAUGAAGACGAUUGGUGUUUGGUAGAAUGUUGUUCUUGAUUUGAUGAUAUUGUUUGUCGUUGCUUGCAACUGUUUCAAAGAGUGAAGGUUACCAUUAUUCGUUUGGGUUUGAAAUUUUUAUUGUUGCCAAUAAAAGAAGAAAUAUGUAAAAUUAUUGUUCUUGCUUUAUCCGCUUGCCAAUAUUAUGGAUAAGAAAUUGGAAUUUAAUCAUAAUAAUUGUUGCUGUGGAAAU